UAAAAUUCACAGUCAUAUCUGUUUGUUAACAAAAUCUCAUAUAACAUGUAUUAUAUUAAUUUGUAUUAAAUAGUGUGAAAAGUAUGUAAAAAUGGCAGAAAAUACAACUCUUGUCUCUCUUGAGGAUUGUCUGGAAAAAAACAUUGCAUCAAAAGAAGAACUGAAAGAAAUAAAACGACUUCUUUAUGGACAACAACUACCUGCUCCCAUUGUUGAUCAGAGGGAUGCCAUUCAUAGACGAGUGGCAGAUAUGGUCGCAGCGGCCGCUCUUUGCGGCGUUAAUAUAAUCUGCUUUCAGGAGGCAUGGACAAUGCCUUUUGCUUUCUGUACCCGUGAAAAGUUGCCGUGGAUUGAGUUGGCAGAGAGUGCAGAGUGCGGGCCGACCACCACUUUCUUACAAGAGAUGGCACGAAUGUAUGAUAUGGUAAUUGUAUCACCAAUCCUAGAAAGGGAUGAAAGUAAUAACAAUAUCCUAUGGAAUACUGCAGUUAUUAUAUCAAAUUCUGGUAAAGUUAUGGGCAAAUCGCGCAAGAAUCACAUCCCAAGAGUCGGUGACUUUAAUGAGUCGACAUAUUAUAUGGAAAGCAAAUUAGGACAUCCAGUGUUUGAUACAAAAUUUGGGAAAAUCGCUGUAAAUAUAUGUUACGGUCGACAUCACCCCCAGAAUUGGAUGAUGUAUGGCUUGAAUGGGGCUGAGAUUGUGUUUAAUCCGUCGGCAACAGUGGGUGUAUUAAGUGAGCCCUUGUGGCCAAUUGAAGCCAGAAAUGCUGCCGUCGCUAAUCAUUACUUUACAUGCGCUAUAAAUAGAGUCGGAACGGAAGUAUUUCCCAAUGAAUUCUCUUCUGGUGAUGGAAAGCCCGCUCACAAAGAUUUCGGACAUUUCUAUGGCUCGAGUUAUAUCGCGGCUCCCAAUGGGUCGAGAACUCCAGGUCUGUCCCGAGUUGAUGACGGCUUAUUGGUGGCUGAGCUCGACCUGAACCUGUGUCGCCAGACUCAGGACCACUGGGGCUUUAAGAUGACCCAACGCUUGGAUUUAUACGUUAACGAACUUAACAAUGUUAUCGGACCUCACUUUCAACCAAAUAUUAUUUGCGAAAACAAAUAAUUUCUGUCUAAACAUAAAAUGAAUUUUGCGAUUCUUUGAACUCAAAUCCAAUCUUUAAGUUUUCUAAUGUUUAUCAUUUGAUACCAAAUUAUAAACCCUUGAAUUUAAUUUUGGAAAAUUAUGUUUUAAAAUAAAUUUAAUUGGAUUUCAACACA